AAAAGAAAUACUCGAUUUAGUAGAGUGGUUAGAGCAGUUGAAGAAAGGAUUUUCUCUCUCUUUCUCUUUCUGUUUAUUCUUUUUUUCAUUUCUUUUCUACCAAAUGCAUAAACCUUCACCUACUAAAUCCCAAACCCUCUUUUUUCUCUUUCCCUUAUUCUUUCAUUGAACAACAAUGACAAUCAAUUCUUCUUCUUCUUCUUCAUCAACCAUGAGAAACAACAACAACAACUCGAAGCCAUGGAGACCUUUCACAGCAAAUUGCUGUUCAGUUGAGGACCAAACAGUUCUUGGCAAGCUCAGCAGACCAUGCAGGCCGUCACGGUCGGACUUCUCCAAGAACAUCGCUCCGAUGCCGUCUUUUCGGAGGCUGUCUUUCUCCGAUCUCAGCCGGUCUUCUUCGAUGAGAAUCAACGAAGAUCUCGCGCAGUCUUUCGGGUCGGAGCUGUAUGAUUUUCAGCUGAGUGAGCUGCGUGGUAUAACUCAGAAUUUCUCCAGCAAUUUCUUGUUGGGAGAAGGUGGGUUUGGGAAGGUGCAUAAGGGUUAUAUAGAUGAGAAUUUGAGACAGGGUUUGAAGGCUCAGGCUGUUGCUGUUAAGCUUCUUGAUAUUGAAGGUUUACAGGGACACCGUGAAUGGCUGGCAGAAGUGAUAUUUCUGGGACAACUUAGGCACCCCCAUUUGGUUAAAUUAAUAGGAUAUUGUUGUGAGGAUGAAGAAAGACUCCUAGUCUAUGAGUUUAUGCCCCGGGGCAGCUUAGAGAACCACUUGUUCAAAAGGCUUUCAGUAUCAUUGCCAUGGAACACAAGACUAAGAAUAGCAAUUGGAGCUGCAAAAGGACUUGCUUUCUUGCAUGGAGCUGAGAAGCCUGUGAUUUACAGGGACUUCAAGACUUCAAAUGUCUUACUAGAUUCUGAUUUCAAUGCAAAGCUAUCAGAUUUUGGACUUGCAAAGAUGGGACCUGAAGGAUCAGACACACAUGUUACAACAAGGGUUAUGGGUACCUAUGGAUAUGCUGCACCAGAAUACGUCUCAACAGGGCACUUGACAACAAAAAGUGAUGUAUACAGCUUUGGGGUGGUACUACUAGAAAUGCUAACAGGAAGAAGAGCCACAGACAAAUCAAGACCUAAAAGUGAGCAAAACCUUGUUGAUUGGGCAAAACCCUACCUCACUAGCAAUAGAAGAUUGAGGUACAUUAUGGAUCCAAGACUUGGAGGUCAAUAUUCUGUGAAGGGAGCAAAAGAAAUAGCCCUACUGGCUCUGCAUUGCAUAAGUGUGAACCCCAAAGAUAGGCCAAGAAUGCCAGCCAUUGUUGAAACUCUAGAAGGCUUGCAAAAUUUCAAGGACAUGGCAGUCACUUGUGGGCAAUGGCAAGCAUCACCAAAGACUAGUACUGCUAGGGUCAAUAAUGGAGUUUCCUCCGCUAAGGUUAAAUUGGAGAUUAAAGGAGCUAGCUUCAGAAAAUCCUCCCUAGCAGUCAACCCUAGUAGGAAAAACACAUGAAUAUAUUUACAGCCUCUGGUCAUGGCCACUUUGAAUUGUAAAAUAAUAAGUGUGCAAUGUAGAUAUGAAUGUAUAAUAGACAAAAUUUGAAUGGUAAUGCAUGUAAAGCUGCUGUCAAUGUUAUAAAUUGGCACAAAUAUAUAAA